AUGGCAAAGAGUAACUGGGCCGACGGCCCAUUCCAGCUAGUCCCCAGCCCUAAGUUUACGAAGGGCAACGCAGACGGCAUCUUUGCUGUAAAUGAAAUGGCAAUCUCACAUAAUAUCUACAUUCGUGGAUUGAACGCCAUCUAUCUACAAGCCGAGGGAGUAACUACUCCUUCAGAGAUCAAAGACUUCCUCACGUUCUGUCAAAUCUGGAUCGAGGUUGUCCAUCACCAUCAUCAUAUUGAGGAAGAGUUGUUCUUUCCCGGAGUGGAGGAGGCACUGGGUCAGAAGGGAAUCAUGUCUAAGAAUCUGGAGCAGCACCGUGCCUUUGAGACCGCGAUGGAGGACUUCCAGAAAUACACGAGCACGACUCCCGGCGGUUAUAGCGGAAAGGAGCUCAAGAAUCUAGUGGAUCGAUUUGGGAAGCCGCUUGUUGACCACUUGCACGAGGAAAUUCAAAGUCUUUUGGACAUUCAGAGCCAAUUCGACCCGGAAGGGACAGUGCUCAAAACCCAUUACCUUCGAUUCGAGAAGGUGCUUGUCGCUCAAAGUUCACUGUCACGUCAUCAAGCUUUCAUUUUCGGCUGUCGCGAUGUGACAUUCGAGAACGGCGUGAAUAAAAAUUGGCCUGACGAAGCUCCCUUCUUCGUCCCGUACCUCUUGUCCUGGUUCCUUUCCCGAAGCUUGGCCGGAGUCUGGCGGUUCCUUCCAAGUGAUUUCAAGGGAAAUCCACGGCAAUUGCGGUUUCUGCCAAAAUCUGCGCCGGUUUCAAAAUAA